UCACUGCAAUAUCAACUGAGCACGCGUUCUCCGUAUGUCAUUUCUGAGAAUGGAAUCUCCGAACGGAAAAAUAUUAACCUUGACUCUCACCGUGUCAAACAGCUACGAUCCAAAGCAGCAAUUUGCAUUCUGCAUUAUUCAUUAAAAAUGAUCUUCUUCACGAAUCUGCAGUGAUGCUGAGGCCUUCCACAAUGCUCAGAUUCCUCAUUCAAUAAUUGAUCAUGAAAGGGCAGUGAUCAGAGGAAUCGAUAAAAUGCCGAACGGUCCAGUUGGGGAGGAGAGCACAGCUGCUCAGCAUGCCCUCCAGAUUGCCUUCCAGACGAUGCAGGAACGAUGUCAACAAUUGGAGAAUCGUUUGGCUGCUGUUGAGGAGGAAAAUGUGAGAUUGAGAGUGGAGAAAGGAACAGAUCUGGACCCUGACAUUGCUAGUAUUGACAUCAGCAGUGAAGCAGUCACAAUUCAACGUCUCCAGGAAAAGGUCGAAGAACUGACGAAACAGAAGUCUCAGUUGUCUCAUCAUAUUUUGAUGGUCGCUGCGGAGAAUCGCCAGCUGUGGAAUAGACUCACACGUCUGACUCGAACGAAUAAGACCCUAGGGAGUAAACUUAUCAAGAUAUCUGACACGUUGAAGCAGCAUCCUGCAGGUCAAGCAUUGGAGACGUCCAGUUACAGUAUAAAGGAAGUGCCACAGUGUGCCCCCAAGGGUGUGGAUGCUGGGGAAUCUCAGGAUGCUGGGGGGGCUCAGGGCGAUGCCAGCCUCGAGGAGAUUUCACUUAGGCUUAUUAAUAGUAUUAUGAUGGAGAAGGUGGAGUUGGAGCAGCAGUAUUCAGAGAUGGUGGCUUUGCAAAAUGGUGCUGACAUAAACAUAAGAAACGUCGGUUUUGCGUAUCCAGACGAGGGAAACAAUGAUUCUCUCCAGCAAUUGAAGCAACACGAGUCUAAAUUACUUGAAACUAAGGAUGCACUGCUCUCACAGCAAAUAAAACUGAAAAAAGUCCUUCAGAAUUUGAAACGAAUUAGAAAAGCAAGCAAAAAAGUCUGUCAAACAGGCACGCAAUUCGACUCUGACGACAGUCUGAGAGAGCAUGGUGCCACCCAGACGAGCCUGCCACCCGCCGUAAGCCUAGAAUCAGACAAAGUCGAAGGGUCUGUGAACAAAACCCCAGAUGAUGCCCAGAUCUGUCCGAUGUGCGGAGCAUUCUUUGGAAAGUCAGUUCCCUUCGAGACGUUCCACGAACAUGUGCUCUCACACUUUUCCACAGGAUCUCCCUCGGGGUUUGAGUUGUUACCUUAGUGACAACGAAACCCGAAGCAAAUAAUUCGAGACAUUCAACGAUUGUGAUAAAAUGACAAAAGAGAACAGAAGAACUAAAAUUUCCCAUGAUGAGACAAAGUUUAAACACUAGAUCUCCAUUAAUUGACAAAUGAGCAUAAGUUUUUCAAUUUAUUGGAACAAACGCUUGCAAAUAUUUUGUAUUGAUCAGUGAUAAUUACGUAUCCAUAUUCAUCCUAUAAAUAAUAAUUUUAAUGAUCUAUAGAAUGUAAUUAAAAUGAAAUAAAGAAGAAAAUGUUAUUUUUAAAAUGA